AUGGCCGAACCAUACAAGGCGUCGUUCGUGAACUCGUCGGCCUAUGGGUUCUGCGUGUUUGAUGCGAAACGAUUGCCCGAGCUCAAGCAGCAACUGCUGCUGAAGGCAGCGCAGUUCGGUGAGGACCGACUUCGUGGGACCAUUUUGUUGUCGACUGAAGGAGUGAACAUUCGGCUAUCGGGGACACCAGAAGCUGUGGAGGCCAUGAAGGACACAAUUGCUAGCAUUCACUCGGAAAUCCGUGGCUUGGAGUUUAAAGAUUCGUACUCCGAUCGCAUGACGCUACCGAGGAUGCUGGUGAAGGUCAAGAAGGAGGUGAUCUCGAUGGGAAUGAACGAAGUAAACCCAGCAGUGGACGGACUGGCAGCACACGUUUCCGCUGAAGAGUUCAAGACGUGGAUGGAUGAUGGCAAGGAUAUGGUAGUAUUGGACACGAGGAAUGAUUACGAAGUGAGACUGGGUACGUUUGAGAAAGCAGUAGACCUGAAUAUCAAAAGCUUCCGCGCGUUUCCAGAGGAAGCACGGGCGCAGCUACAACAGGUUCCCAAGGAGAAACCGAUUGUAAUGUUUUGCACUGGUGGUGUUCGAUGCGAAAAAGCGUCGUAUGCUUUGCUGAACGACGGUCACAAGGAGGUGUAUCAACUGGAUGGUGGUAUUCUCAAAUACUUUGAGAAAGUGGGCGGCGCACACUACAAGGGCGACUGCUACAUCUUCGACGACCGUGUGGCGCUCAAGCCAGACCUCACCGAGGCGGCGGUAGAAUCCUGUUUUACGUGCCGCAGUCCGCUGACCGAAGAAGAUCAACACUCCCCCGAUUAUGAACCGAACAAGCACUGUCCGUUCUGCAAAAAUGGUAAGCAGGACUUUCGGUAUGUAGGAAAGCAGCGGCCGUAG